CGCAAAGCCGAUCGCGCGUCUGAGCCCGCCGGAAGAUUAUCGACAAUAACCAAUUACAGCCCCCCAAAAUCCGGAAAAUGGCCCCGACCAUGGGCCGAAAUGGAUCGCUCCUGCUGUUCGCCGUACUUCUAAUUAUCCUGGAUGUUUUCCCAUCAGUGGAUGCUAAUCUCUGGACACGAUACAACAGCAAUGCCUAUCAGACCAGAAGACGCUCCGGUCCGAGUAAUCAGUGUCCCAAGGUGGGAGCUAUUAAAAACUUCGAUUUGGAACGGAUGAUGGGCUUCUGGCACGUGGUGCAGUAUUAUGCUUCCACGGAGGAGCUACCGGAAUACGCUUGCAUGCGCAGCCACUUCUCCUUCUCCAAGGAUGAUCAACAUAUAACGAUGAACUUUAGUUAUAUAUUUGCGGAAGAUCCGUUGCGAGAGAAGCUUGUUGGCAACAUUACCUGGAUGAUACCCAAGUUCGGGGAGCCGGGACACUGGCAGCACACGGAGGAUAUAUAUGAGGGUAUAUACAACACGUACGUCCUGGACACAGACUACGACAAUUGGGGCCUGCUGAUGCACUGUGCCGAAAAGAAAAAGCAACCGCGAUACCUUUCCGCCCUGCUUUUGGCCCGCAAGACGGCGUUGGCCGACAACGAGAUCAGUUUCCUUCGGGGAAAAUUGCCGCAGGACAUCGACGCAUCCUUUAUGUUCAACAUCGGACAGGAAUCUUGCGACAAUCUGAUGGAAUCAAGUCGGGACGAUCCGCUGGCCUACGUCGUAAAUGGUCGCCAGAAUGCCAAGGAAAUAUUUAAGGUUGUCAAUAAUCUGUGACAUUAUUUAUCCACCAAAUGCAUCUUGCUUGAAAGUAAGAUCAUUUUCAAUCACUGUUUUAUUUUUUUUCCCACUUUAAUAUUCAUAUAUUAAAACAUGUUUUAUUUAAUUAUUCUAAAUGAUACUAUAUAACAAAAACUAUAUAUGAUUUGUAGAUAGUAAAAAUGUAUUUUGAUUUGUAAGAAUUCCUCAGAUCUAAAAUAUUAAAAUUAU